AUGAAGAGCAUUUCAAGCUGGAUUUGCACAAACAGCGCCAAAAACUUGUUCGUAAAGAUAGUUCAUCAAGGUGGUCGUGUCGAACUAUUCGACCGGCCCAUUACGGCGGCCGACGUGCUCCAACGGAACCCCAAGUGUUGUGUGGCCCACCCCACCAUUUUCGACCGGCCCCACGACAUUGUUCCGCCCACCACAACCCUUGCGUUCGGUCAGAAAUACUAUGUUGUGCCCGUUAGUACAAUCAAGAAACUCCAGCUCAAGUCGAAUUAUGAUCGCAGACGAAAGACUACUAGGAAUAAAGAUGACGGCGACUCGAACCGCAAGAAAAUGGAGUCUUUAAAUUGUUGGUUGGUUCGAAAUGAUAACGACAGGAAGAAUGGUGGGACGAGAGUUUCGCUUACUUCGUGCGAUCAGUGGCGACCGGGUUUGGAAAGUAUUAGAGAAGAAUAA